ACUUCCUUGCGGAGACUCUCCUGUUGUCAAUGGCGAAUUACGACCUAACCCCUCGGAUCUCGCCGCACUUGGAUAGGCAUCUCGUUUUCCCUCUUCUCGAGUUCCUUCAGGAGCGGCAGCUAUACGAGAAUGACCAGAUUCUCAAGGCCAAGAUCGAGCUCCUUAACAAGACCAACAUGGUCGACUAUGCUAUGGACAUCCACAAGAGCCUCUACCAUACCGAGGAUGUACCCCAAGAGAUGGUGGAUAUGAGGGCCGAGGUGGUGGCCAGGCUCAAGGCACAGGAGGAGGCUGCCGCACCGCUUGUUGCCUUUCUGCAGAACGCCAGUGCCGUUCAGGAUUUGAAGGCCGACAAGCAGUAUAAUCUUCAGAUGCUCAACGACAGAUACCAGAUUGGUCCUGAGCAAAUAGAAGCAUUGUAUCAAUAUGCUAAAUUUCAGUUUGAGUGUGGAAACUACUCUGGUGCUGCUGACUAUCUCUAUCAGUACAGGGCUUUAUGCACAAAUAGUGAACGGAGUCUGAGUGCUUUAUGGGGGAAGCUUGCAGCUGAGAUAUUGAUGCAAAACUGGGACAUUGCUCUUGAAGAGCUGAACCGUUUGAAGGAAAUAAUUGAUUCAAAGAGCUUUGCAUCACCCGCAAAUCAGGUGCAAAACAGAAUAUGGUUGAUGCAUUGGAGUCUCUUCAUCUUUUUCAACCAUGAUAAUGGAAGAACGCAGAUUAUUGAUCUUUUUAAUCAGGACAAGUAUUUGAAUGCUAUUCAAACUAGUGCUCCACAUCUUUUACGAUACUUGGCGACAGCAUUCAUUGUCAACAAGCGCAGGAGGCCUCAAUUCAAAGAUUUCAUUAAAGUUAUUCAGCAAGAGCAGCAUUCAUAUAAAGAUCCCAUCACCGAAUUUUUGGCUUGUGUUUAUGUCAACUAUGACUUUGAUGAGGCACAAAAGAAGAUGAGGGAGUGUGAAGAAGUAAUACUCAAUGAUCCCUUCCUUGGUAAACAAGUUGAAGAUGGCAGCUUUUCUACCGUACCAUUGAGGGAUGAGUUCCUUGAAAAUGCCAGGCUGUUUAUCUUUGAGACAUACUGCAGAAUACACCAACGGAUUGACAUGGGAGUUCUUGCUGAGAAGUUAAAUUUGAACUAUGAGGAGGCUGAGAGAUGGAUUGUGAAUCUCAUUCGUAGCUCAAAGCUUGAUGCCAAAAUUGACUCUGAAACUGGAAGUGUUAUCAUGGAACCCAAUCAUCCUAAUGUAUAUGAGCAACUUAUUGACCAUACCAAGGCAGUGUCAGGGCGGACUUACAAGUUGGUCAGCCAACUUCUGGAGCAUGCACAAGCACAGGCAGCUCGAUGAAUAUGGUUCAUGAGCUGUGUGGAGGUUAUACGCUCAUGUUUUUAUUGGAUACCUCGAUUUUGUUUUUUUUUUUUUACUUUUUUUAAAUUUACAACUGCAUUCAAUUGGGGGGCCACAGUACUUGGAGCAUAUGGCUUCCUAUCUUCCUUUGUCAAGAGCAGGAGUAAAAACUAUGUUAGAUAAUUCACCUUUGUUUUGGCCUUUUCGUCCGCCUCUGUGCCAAGGAACUAAGCUCUUGUAGUAUUAGUAAGUUAUUUUUA